AUGCAACUUUCCACUCUCUGCUGCGGUCUUGCGCUGCUGCAAGGCGCUUUAGCAUCGCCUAUUGCCGAACCGGCUGCACAGGUUGAGAUUCAAGAUAUUAACCUUAGUGGCCCGAAUUUCGGUGACUUUCCCUGGCCCAGAAUGCCGGCCCUCCGU